AUAAAACCUCACCCCUCCUGCGACCCUGUCUCCUCCCACCUCGCCUUCACACCUCCUUCCUCCCCUCGUCUCCGCCGCCGCCUCAUCCUCGCCGGAACCCUAAAUGGACCCCGGCGCCGGCGCGCACUACUCCGCCCGCACCGCGGAGGAGGUCUUCCGCGACUUCCGCGGCCGCCGCGCGGGCAUGAUCAAGGCCCUCACCACCGAUGUGGAGAAGUUCUACCAGCUCUGCGACCCCGAAAAGGAAAAUUUAUGCCUUUAUGGCUACCCUAAUGAAACAUGGGAAGUAACUUUGCCAGCGGAGGAAGUUCCUCCGGAGAUCCCUGAACCAGCUUUGGGAAUAAACUUUGCUAGGGAUGGCAUGAAUGAGAAGGAUUGGUUGGCACUAGUAGCCGUCCACAGCGAUUCCUGGUUACUAGCUGUUGCAUUCUACUUUGCGGCCCGGUUUGGAUUUGACAAAGAGGCCAGGAGGCGACUCUUCAGCAUGAUAAAUAACUUGCCAACGAUAUUUGAAGUAGUGACUGGGGCUGCUAAGAAACAAACCAAGGAGAAGGGCCCCAAUAGUACCAGCAAAAGCAACAAGCCAAGCUCGAAAAUGCCAUCAAGACCGGAAUCUCAUUCGAAGGCGACAAAAGUGGCGGCGCCCCCCAAGGAUGAUGAUGAUGAGAGUGGUGAAGAAUACGAGGAAGAGGAAGAACGUGAUAACACCCUAUGUGGAUCCUGCGGAACAAACGAUGGUAAGGAUGAGUUCUGGAUCUGCUGCGACAGUUGCGAGCGGUGGUACCAUGGCAAGUGCGUCAAGAUCACACCUGCUCGAGCCGAGCAUAUCAAGCACUACAAGUGCCCAGAUUGCAGCAGCAACAAGAGGGCAAGAGCCUAGCAGCAAGCUCUGGUGAGACCCGGGAGGGAAGCAAGUGCUAGAAUCAUUGAUGUCUGCAGAUAUGGACUAGCUGUCUAGCUUGUAGACUUGCUUUUCAUUUCGAAGAACGCUGUUAAUUCACUCGGUUGCCCCAGCAGCUCAUGUUGCUCGGGCUUAAUUGUGUUCAAUGUUUGAAACGGUUGUUGUAGUGGUACCAGAUUCUCUGGUGAGGCUGUCUUGCAGAUGUGUCAUAGACGUUCUUGAACUGAAAGACUUGAAAACUGACCGUUUCUCCA